CAUAAAGUGGCAUUAGACAUGGCGUGUCCAAGCUGUUCUUGCAGGCGCCUGGCGCAUCAUUCGGCCUUCUCUCCACGACGCACAUGGCCGACGACGGCUUCUUCCCGGUCUGGACUUCGGUCUACCUCGUCGUGCUCCUCAUCUCGCUAACUGCUACGUCCCUUGCUGUGUGGUCGCUCAAGCGGUCGCUCUGUGCCAUCCAGUCGUGUGUCUACUAUGCGACGCUUUGGUACUUUGUGUGGAAGUCGCUCUUUGCGCUGUCGCGGACCGCGCUCAUGUGCGCGUUCCUCGCCGAGUUCCGCGCGCCCUCGUCGCCUUGGCUCAACCGCACUGCAGCCAACGACGUAGGCAGCCUACGGCUGCUUGGCCAGCGCACGUACAAUGCGACGGGCGACUCGAGCAUCCCUGUCCCGACGUACGUGGUGUGGAUCUUGUUCCUUGGCGACGCAGCGUUACUUUCGGGUGUUCUAUGGAUGCUCAUCUUGGUCCUCGAGCUCACGCGCCUUGCGAAGAAGACGAUGGACCGCGGCCCGCUCCGUGAAAAGCAAGUGCGCCGCAACUACCUCGUCUCGACGACGCUUAUCGUCGCGCUCUACUUUGUCCUUUGCCAAGUGCUCUCGAAAGGCGGUCUCUUCUCCAACAACACAAAGCUCAUCAACAUCGUCUCCAACAUCAUGCAGACGAUCGUCAUCAUCGCAGUCGCUUUUGGCAUGGUGAGCCUGCGCCAACACGGCCAAAAGUUUGAAGGCGUAAGCGGCGAGAUCGAGCAGUCACCGCUCUACAGCCGCCUCAAGCGCAUCUUGAUCGUCUUUAUGAUGUUUUCCUUGCCGUUCACGGUCGUCAACUGGUACGGCGUCUCGGCGGCCGGCGACGCGGCCGAGACGAUUCCGGAUGCGCUCCUGGGCAUCACGCAGCUGCUCUACUUCGCCUCGGGUCUCUUUUUCGCGCUCGUCAUGGUCGCGAGCCAAGACUGCUGCACGGCGUGCAUGCGGUCGCGCGACGCAACGCGGACCCGCAGUCGGUACGGUGACUGGGCCGCCUCCGUGGCGCACGCGCCCAUGCAAAACCCCGUCUUUGUCAACACAGACAUUGAGUCGUCGAGCUACCUCUGGGGGCAGCUCGGGCAAACCAUGCACGCCGCGCAGGAGCUCCACGACGACCUCCUACGAUCACUCCUCGUCAAGCACCAAGGCUACGAGAUCACGACGUGCGGUGACGCGUUCCAGCUCGCAUUCCACUCAAUCCCAGACGCGGUUGCCUACUGCUUGGACGUUCAGCUGCAGCUUCUGCAUGUGCCGUGGCCGAUCGAGCUGAUCGAGUCGUACCUCGCCGGCAGCAUCACGGUUGCGAUGCCAAAGCCGUCGGUGCUUCCCACGCGGCACAAGCACCCGUACCUCUUUCGCGGUCUCCGCGUACGUAUGGGUAUCCACGCAUCGAGCUCUGAAGAAGGUCAGCUCUUUACCAACGUCCACCCGGUGACCCAGCGCACCACGUACGUGGGUUUGGCCGAGAUGAUUGGUCGCGAAGUCAGCGACCUCGGCAGUGGCGGUCAGAUCAUUGUGACGGCCCGCGUCGCGCGUUUUCUACGCGACAAGAUUGAGAGCCAAGAUGGCUGGUGGCACGAGAACCCGUGCUUGAUGCAGGAUCUAGGUGUCUACCGCAUCAACGACCUCAAGAUCGACUUGGGGAUCGCCGAAGUGGUGCCACUCGCUCUGAAAGACCGCGCGCGGCUCUUUCCCGAGAUUGGCAACGUCCGAAGCCGCAAAUCGUACCGGCGCCACGACAGCACCGCGUACGACCUCUUGAUGUCCCCUGCCGACCCGUGCGAGUCCCUCCGCGGUGUCGAGUGUUAAGUUAUAAGCGUCCAACUAUUCGUGCUAUACACUAAACUACUAUGACUUAAGUUAAUAUACUAGUAUGAAGCUAAAAACA